AUGGCCAAACGGAAGAAAGGAGAAGAAAAGAAAAAAACAAUGGUUACUAUCUUGGUUUUUAUAAUGGCUACUUUGACGGAAGAGGUCUGUUUGGUGGCAACAUUUUCAAAUAUAAGGCGUUCUUGUCGCUUGAGGCCUUAAAAUAGAUGUAUAAAUCUAGCCCCCGGCCUUGAUAUACACAUCUAGUUUAAGACCUCAAACCUAGGUGACAAAAAGGCAGGUAAAAACCUCUAAUUGCAGAGGUCCACUCAAAGCGUAAAUAAAACAGACUGGUUCGUUCUUGCCGGAUCUCUAAUGUAGAGAUGCUGCAGUACUUGAAGUGGGAAUUCAAGCAAAACUGAAUGCAUAGUUAGUUUGGCCCCAAAUAAAUAAGCCCAGCGCCAGCCUUACAUUCAGUUUUGCUUUAACAACAACGCAAGGUCAUGGGGGUAUCUGUAAAUCCUUUGAAAUUUGGUCACAAUUUCGUUUUUUCACUGCCACAGAAUGAAAUAAAAUGUCAAAAACGUUUAUCUUUGCGAUUUACCCAUAUCGCCUUGCGGUCUCAUCGAGAACGCUUUUCGAGGUCUACAAGGUGAAUUGAAAUAGCUGUAAAGUCAAACCAAGGUCCCACUACGCUAAACGAUCCACGCUCGAUCCACAAGCGAGGUAAAAUUUCCACUGACAAAUUUAUAAACCUUGCUUCGCAACUAAACAAUUUGAAAAAUGAAUAAGAGAGGUGGUCAAUGAUCAGUGGUAGCAAUUGAACUAUGCAAUAAUAGAUUUUCACGGAACGAAAGUUGGUUGUUGUUUUGACAUUCCAUAUCAAACCUUUUAUUCGGCCAAUCAACUACAAGGUUUUGCUUUAUUGAUUUUUUUUUCCAGGACCAGUUUCAGAUGAAGGCCUGGGUCCUGUUAAUAGUGUUAAUACCGCUGAUUACCUUCAGCAAUGGACGCACCAGAUUCCGCAUGGUUGAAUAUGACGAAGACCAAGGCCACUCUAGGGCUUAUGGAGUCUGCAUGAGGCAGUGUAAACGUGAAUGCUUAAACAACGAAGGAGAAUGCAAACAUCACCCUCAGACACGGGAGCUCAUUUGCCGGCAGGGUCCAAAAGAUGGCGACUGGAACGGCUUCAAGACCUUCAUGGAUAAAAGGGGUGUCACGAAAUGCGAAGAUUUUCUUGAAUUGAAACCUGCAUUGAAAGAGGACGAGACCAAAAGCAAACACUUGUCAUUUCAGCCGUCUGAGAUCUGGCAGUUAUUUGAAUGA